AACUGUUCCGAGUAGCAAAACUAUUUACUAGUGCUGUGGCCACCACUCAAACCCCGGAAACCAAACCGGCAGUUGCUGUCAAUAAUGAAUCAAUUAUUGUGCCGGGGUUCCCAAAACUUAAUGGCCAACCCCAGCCGAAUCCGUUCGACGGUCCUGAACGUGAUCUAAUUAAUUAUCUUAGAACGGUGAUGUUAAAAUUGUCCGUGCCCGAAAAGUGGUGUGAAAUAUUUUACGAAGAGACUGAAGUCACAGGUCCACAUGUACGUGCUGCUGGAAUUUUAAUACUAUUAUUAAUAUUAUUAUUAAUAUUAUUAAUAAUAAAAUUAAUUUUUGGAUUAAGUAAAAAAAUACUGGAAGUUUACCCUGAGUUCUCCCAUGUAUUGUCUACAAUCGGUUGGUUUUGCGUUGGUUGGAAAAAAUUCGCAGCAUUUUUAGCUGAUUCCCUUGACAAAGAAAUUCGUGAAGACGAAACGUCUUGUAAUGCUUGUCGAAAAGGUGAAAUCGACAGUUUAAAAGGAACCGUUGAAAACCAAAAAAUAGAAAAAAAUAGAACUGAAGCUGAAAAACACGUAUUACAAGCAAAACGGGAGAAUUUUCUAUUCAAGUGGAAACUAUUGUUGGAACUAAGUGGGAAGCUGUUUAUCGUGAAGGAGCCUACAAAGGGGUAA